UGAUAUUAUCGCGCACUACUUCUACUUCCUUCCACAAAUUCCAUCCUCUCAUCUUGUCUACAUGGCACAACAAGUUGAGGGCAACCAUCCAACUCUGCUCAUAGAUGAAGAUGGAAAUUUCAACUCAAAAUUUCUAGAUGAUCUGAAACUGGCUGCCGUGAGCCGUCCCGUUGCUGUUGUCUCCGUCUUCGGCGUGCAAAGUACCGGAAAGAGCACACUUAUGAAUUCUCUGCACUCUACUAAAUUCAAAGUGAUGGAUGCUAGCCAGGGGAUGCAUCAAACGACAAAAGGCAUUUGGGUGUCAAAAUGCCCACUACCAAAUGGUGGCCAUGAUAUCCUCGCUAUUGAUACGGAAGGAAGUGAUGGAUCAGAACGAAAGGUAUUCAUUGAAGCAGGUAUCAAAAGUCAAGGCACACCAGUCACUAUUGACAAGGCGCAUUUUGCAAUUCAAAAAUUAUCAAGAGAUACAACUAGUAAGAUGCAAAAGACUGAGAUGCUAGGAGAUUACAAGCAUAAAUAUGACAGUUACACAGCUGUCAGCAGUAAAAAGUUUGGCUAG